CAAUUUCUUUAUGUAAGCAUGAUUAAUUUAUUCUAUUCAUUCGCACUCCCCAUUCCAGUAUUUAAAGCCCAUAUAUACCCACACUUGCUCCGUCAACUCGCUGCAAGCCAGAAAACCCUCCCCCUAAGCAUCCGGAUACCGAUCCCGCCAACCCACGCCCUCUAUGGCCCAUCGCCACGUCGUCCUCGUUACUUUCCCGGCCCAAGGCCAUAUCAACCCAGCCCUCCAACUCGCGAAGAGACUUCUUCGGACCGGCGUGAAGGUCACCCUCGCCACAACUGUGUCCGCCCAACGCCGCAUGAGCAAGGCCAUCGUUCCCGAGGGGUUAACUCUCGCCACCUUUUCCGACGGCUACGACGAUGGCCUUAAACCGACCGACGACGCCAACCUCUACUUUGCCGAGAUCAAGCGUCGCGGCUCCAAAACUCUCACCGCCCUCAUCGAGUCCAGCGCAACCCGAGGCCACCCCAUCACUUGCUUGGUCUACACCCUGCUCCUUCCCUGGGCUGCUGUGGUGGCGCGUGAGCUUCACAUUCCGUCGGCCCUCUUUUGGAUUCAACCAGCUACCGUCUUGGAUGUUUACUAUUUCUACUUCCACGGUUACGAAGACGUCAUCAAGAACAAUAGCAGUGACCCCUCAUGUUCAGUAAAAUUACCACAUUUGCCAUCCUUGACGAGCCGUGACCUGCCCUCCCUCUUGCUGCCCUCCUCCAACAUUGCAUACGCCUGCAUCCUCACAGCAUUUCAAGAGCAAAUAGAAGCACUUGAUGCCGAAACCAGCCCGAAGGUUCUCGUGAACAGUUUCGAUCAAUUGGAACCGGAGGCGUUCAGAGCCGUCGAGAGUCUUAAUUUGGUCCCAAUAGGACCGUUGAUUCCAUCCGCAUUUUUGGACUGUAAAGAUCCCUCCGACAGAUCUUUCGGAUGCCAACUCUUUAAAUGUUCGAGUGAUCAGUAUAUAGAAUGGCUGAACUCGAAGUCCGAAGCGUCGGUUAUUUACGUGUCCUUCGGAAGCAUCGCGGUGUUAUCGAAACAACAAAUGGAGGAGAUUGCACGCGCGCUGCUAGACACCCAGCGGCCGUUCUUGUGGGUGAUAAGAGCGUCUGCAAGCGGGGAAUUAGAAGUAGAGGAAGAUGACAAUAAGCUGAGCUGCAGCGAGGAAUUGGAAGGAGCAGGAAUAGUGGUGGCGUGGUGUUCGCAGGUGGAGGUUCUGGCGCAUCCGGCGGUGGGCUGUUUCAUGACCCAUUGCGGGUGGAAUUCGACGUUGGAGAGUCUGGUUUCGGGAGUUCCGGUGGUGGCGUUUCCGCAAUGGACGGACCAAGGGACGAACGCAAAGCUGAUUGAAGACGUGUGGAAGACGGGGGUGCGCGUCAGGGUGAAUGGGGAGGGCGUGGUGGAAAGUGACGAGAUGAAGCUGUGCUUGGAAACUGUUAUGGAUGGGGGUGAAAGAGGGGAAGAAAUGCGGAGGAAUGCAAAGAGGUGGAGGGAGUUGGCAAGAGAAGCUGUGAAGCAAGGAGGAUCUUCGGAUAAGAAUCUUAACGCUUUUGUGAAUGAGAUUGGAGAAUGUUGUUAAUCAGCACAACCUGCACUUAUUUGACUUUUUAUAUAUAAUAGAGCAAAAAGAUUAUUAUUUUUUU